AGGCUGGGCUCGGGCCAGUGCGCGUGCGCGGCUGGAGGCGCUGCGCGCAAGCGUGCCGGUGAUUUGGCCCUGGACGGACGCCGUAGCCAAGAGGUUGGGCGGAUGUUGUGAGCCGGGUCGCGGCGGCCGAGGCUCGGGCCUCCAGGACCACUGGCUGCCCAUGAGAGAUGAAGGAUGGCAUCCAAGGGGGCCGGCAUGUCUUUCUCCCGCAAGAGCUAUAGGCUGACCUCUGAUGCUGAGAAAUCCAGGGUCACAGGUAUUGUGCAGGAGAAGCUGCUGAAUGACUACCUGAAUCGCAUCUUUUCCUCUUCUGACCAUGCACCCCCAGCAGCCACCAGCAGGAAACCCCUGAACUUCCAGAACCUGCCAGAACAUUUGGACCAGUUGCUACAGGUGGACAAUGAAGAGGAGGAAAGCCAGGGACAGGUUGAAGGGCGGCUUGGCCCAUCCACUGUGGUCCUGGACCACACAGGUGGCUUUGAGGGGCUUCUCCUGGUGGAUGAUGACCUGCUGGGGGUGAUUGGACACAGCAACUUUGGCACCAUCCGCUCUACCACAUGCGUGUACAAAGGGAAAUGGGUCUACGAGGUCCUCAUCUCCUCCCAGGGGCUCAUGCAGAUCGGCUGGUGCACCAUCAGCUGCCGCUUCAACCAGGAGGAGGGGGUUGGAGAUACACACAACUCCUAUGCCUAUGAUGGCAACCGCGUGCGCAAGUGGAACGUGACCACGACGAAUUAUGGCAAGGCGUGGGCAGCGGGGGACAUCGUGAGCUGCCUGAUCGACCUGGAUGAUGGCACUCUGUCCUUCUGCCUGAAUGGCGUAUCACUGGGCACUGCCUUUGAGAACCUGUCCAGGGGCCUGGGCAUGGCCUACUUCCCAGCCAUCAGCCUCUCUUUCAAGGAGUCCGUGGCCUUCAACUUUGGCAGCCGUCCUCUGCGCUACCCAGUGGCGGGCUACCGGCCCCUGCAGGACCCACCGAGCGCUGACCUGCUGCGGGCACAGAGGUUGCUGGGCUGCUUCCGGGCAGUGCUGAGUGUGGAGCUGGAUCCUGUGGAGGGACGGCUGUUGGACAAGGAGAGCUCCAAGUGGCGGUUGCGGGGCCAGCCCACCGUCCUCCUCACACUGGCCCACAUCUUCCAUCGCUUCGCACCGCUCCUGGGGUGCCUUGUACAGAGUGGAAAGCUGCUGCCUCACCAGUGCCUGGCCUUGGUGCAGCGCAAGGUGUACCUGGUGGAGGCUGUGCUCAUGAGCUUCCUGCUGGGCCUCGUGGAGAAGGGCACGCCCGCACAGGCACAGUCCGUGGUGCGCCAGGUCCUGGACCUCUUGUGGCUCUUCAUGGAGGACUACGAGGUACAAGAUUGCCUCAAGCAGUUGAUGAUGUCCCUGCUUCGGCUGUACCGGUUCUCGCCCAUCGUCCCAGACCUGGGCCUACAGAUCCAUUACCUGCGGCUCACUAUCGCCAUCCUGAGGCAUGAGAAGUCCCGCAAGUUUCUGCUUAGCAAUGUUCUCUUCGACGUGCUCCGCUCCGUCGUCUUCUUUUACAUCAAGAGCCCCCUGCGUGUGGAGGAGGCCGGCCUACAGGAGCUCAUUCCCACCACCUGGUGGCCCCACCGCUCCAGUAGGGAGGGCAAAGAGAGCACGGAGAUGAAGGAGGAGACUGCAGAGGAGCGGCUGCGGCGGCGAGCCUACGAACGGGGCUGCCAGCGGCUCAGGAAACGCAUUGAAGUGGUGGAAGAACUACAGGUCCAAAUCCUGAAGCUGCUGCUGGACAAUAAAGAUGACAAUGGGGGCGAAGCUUCUAGAUACAUCUUCCUGACCAAGUUUCGCAAGUUUCUGCAGGAGAACGCCAGUGGCCGGGGGAACAUGCCCAUGCUCUGCCCCCCUGAGUAUAUGGUCUGCUUCUUACACCGGUUGAUCUCUGCCCUGCGCUACUAUUGGGAUGAAUACAAGGCUUCCAAUCCCCAUGCUUCCUUCAGUGAGGAGGCCUACAUCCCUCCCCAGGUCUUCUAUAAUGGCAAGGUGGACUACUUUGACCUGCAGCGUCUGGGGGGCCUCCUCUCGCACCUGCGGAAGACCCUCAAAGAUGACCUUGCUUCCAAAGCCAACAUUGUGAUUGACCCACUGGAGCUCCAGUCAACUACCAUGGAUGACCUAGACGAGGAUGAGGAGCCUGCCCCAGCUAUGGCCCAGGUGCCACAGUGGCUGCAGCGCCCCAUGCAGGCCCUGGCUGUUGGGGGGCCACUGCCCCUGCCCCGGCCCAGCUGGCUCAGUUCUCCAACUUUGGGCCGAGCCAACCGCUUCCUCAGCACAGCGGCUGUGAGCCUCAUGACCCCACGGCGGCCUCUGAGCACCUCGGAGAAAGUGAAGGUCCGCACACUGAGCGUGGAGCAGAGGACCCGUGAGGACAUUGAAGGCAGCCACUGGAACGAGGGCUUGCUGCUGGGGCGGCCCCCCGAGGAGCCUGAGCAGCCCCUCACCGAGAACUCGCUGCUGGAAGUCCUAGAUGGGGCAGUCAUGAUGUACAACCUCAGCGUACACCAGCAGCUGGGCAAGAUGGUGGGUGUCUCCGAUGAUGUCAAUGAAUACGCUAUGGCUCUGAGGGACACAGAGGACAAGCUCCGCCGGUGCCCCAAGCAGAGAAAGGACAUCCUUGCAGAGUUGACGAAGAGCCAGAAGGUUUUCUCAGAAAAGCUGGACCACCUGAGCCGUCGUCUUGCCUGGGUCCACGCCACUGUCUACUCCCAGGAGAAGAUGCUGGACAUCUACUGGCUGCUGCGCGUCUGCCUGCAGACCAUUGAGCACGGUGAUCGCACAGGGUCUCUCUUUGCCUUCAUGCCCGAGUUCUACCUGAGCGUGGCCAUCAACAGCUACAGUGCUCUCAAGAAUUACUUUGGUCCCGUGCACAGCAUGGAGGAGCUCCCAGGCUAUGAAGAGACUCUGACCCGCCUGGCUGCCAUUCUCGCCAAACACUUUGCCGACACACGCAUUGUGGGCACUGACAUCCGAGACUCACUGAUGCAGGCCCUGGCCAGCUACGUGUGCUACCCACACUCCCUGCGGGCUGUGGAGCGAAUCCCUGAGGAGCAGCGUAUCGCCAUGGUGAGGAACCUCCUGGCACCCUAUGAGCAGCGGCCCUGGGCCCAGACCAACUGGAUCCUGGUGCGGCUCUGGAGGGGCUGUGGCUUCGGGUACCGCUAUACACGGCUGCCACAUCUGCUGAAAACCAAACUUGAGGAUGCCAAUUUGCCCAGCCUCCAGAAGCCCUGCCCCUCCACCCUGCUGCAGCAGCACAUGGCAGACCUCCUGCAGCAGGGUCCUGAUGUGGCGCCCAGCUUCCUCAACAGCGUCCUCAAUCAGCUCAACUGGGCCUUCUCUGAAUUCAUUGGCAUGAUCCAGGAGAUCCAGCAGGCUGCUGAGCGCCUGGAGCGGAACUUUGUGGACAGCCGGCAGCUCAAGGUAUGUGCCACCUGCUUUGACCUCUCAGUCAGCCUGCUGCGUGUCUUGGAGAUGACUAUCACACUGGUGCCUGAGAUAUUCCUUGACUGGACCCGGCCUACCUCCGAGAUGCUGCUGCGGCGUCUUGCACAGCUGCUAAACCAGGUGCUGAACCGAGUGACAGCUGAGAGAAACCUGUUUGAUCGUGUGGUCACCCUACGGCUGCCUGGCCUAGAGAGCGUGGACCACUACCCCAUUCUGGUGGCAGUGACGGGCAUCCUGGUGCAGCUCCUGGUGCGUGGCCCAGCCUCAGAGAGAGAGCGAGCCACAUCAGUACUCCUGGCAGAUCCCUGCUUCCAGCUACGCUCAAUAUGCUAUCUCCUGGGACAGCCAGAGCCCCCAGCACCUGGCACUGCCCUGCCAGCCCCUGACCGGAAGCGCUUCUCCCUGCAGAGCUAUGCGGAUUAUAUCAGUGCUGAUGAGCUGGCCCAAGUGGAACAGAUGCUGGCGCACCUGACCUCUGCAUCUGCCCAGGCAGCAGCUGCCUCUCUGCCCACCAGUGAGGAGGACCUCUGCCCCAUCUGCUAUGCCCACCCCAUCUCUGCUGUGUUCCAGCCCUGUGGCCACAAGUCAUGCAAAGCCUGCAUCAACCAGCACCUGAUGAACAACAAGGACUGCUUCUUCUGCAAAGCCACCAUCGUGUCUGUAGAGGACUGGGAGAAGGGAGCCAAUACGAGUACUACCUCCUCAGCUGCCUAGCCCUCACAGCCUGUGCCAUCCUGGAACCUCCACCCUUGAACCCAGAGCCAGGCUGGGCCCUAUUUAUGAGCUCCCUUUGCCCUUCUCCUGUAUCUGUGCCCCCCCACCCCGCCGCCACCACCACCACCACCACCACCACCACAUCCAACCUCCUUGCCUGCCUGUAUCCUCAUUGGUGGGAGCCCAGCCAUGGCCCUAAUUGUGCCUGAGCUUGACUUUCAGUCAGGGCCACAGUCAGCAUUAAAUUAUUAUUCCAUACA